AUGUCCCAAAAUCACCUGAACAUGGAUGUCCCCUCGGAUGUUCCGGCUGACGAGCGCAUUGGGGGAGGGGCCUUGGCUGGCAAAGUAAACUCGCUACCGUCGAUGGCUAGUACGCAGCAGUCACGGCCCGACCCCAAGGAACCCCGGAGUCGGGUGUCACGGAACAGCCAAAAAGAGAUGAUUCUUCAGAAGACCGUGAAGCGCCUGGAAUCCGAGUACCGUGUCUUGCAGCUCUUUCCGGAGGCAGCAGACGACGCAAAGAAGGACUGGGUGCAAAAGUGGGUUGUUUCCAAGCCGUUUAGAUACGUGGUCGCCGGGGUGAUCCUUGUGAACGUGGCUUUGAUUUCGGUGGUGGAAAGUGCUUGGGAGUGGGACCAAAUUGCUGAUGUGACCUACAUGAUCGAGCGGAUUGCCCUCGCAUUCUACCUGGCAGAGUGGACCAUUCGCGCGUGGUGCUGCCAGCUCAAAUCUGAUACGUGGUGGAUGCUGCUGGAUCUGGUUCUGAUAUUGGUUGGUGUCGUCGCGCUGAUACCCAAUCAGUUCUGUGUCUCCGAGAGCUCAUGUACGGCGUUUCAGCGAUGUUUGCUGCUAGUGCGUCUGUUUCGCCUGUUGAAGCUUGUGCGAGUUUCGAAAGAAUGGCGCCGUUUCAAACCCAUGUGGGUUCUCCUUGAUGGGAUGAUACUUGCCUUCCCUACCCUAGCCGCGGCGGCUGUCUUCGUUGCGAUCAUCUUGGCCAUGUUCGCUGGCUUGGUGAACACCGUGCUCAUCAACGACGCAGACCUGUUGGCAGAUCCCGACCUGGGCCCCUUGGUACGAAAUAAUUUUGAAACGUUCCCAAAGGCGAUGCUUUCACUAGUCCAGUUCCUUUCUGGCGACAAUCUUUCGGAGCUGUACUUUCCGCUUGUGUUGGCCAAGCCUGCGCUGGGAUUAAUUUUCUUACCCAUCUUGAUCAUGAUCACACUUGGGCUCGUGAGCUUACUGCCCGCCAUACUAGUUGCGGACAGCGGUCUCGAAAAAGAGCGAAAACAGUUCGAAGAGCACGAGAGUUUCACGAAGCUCACCGCGAAGCUCGAGGAGGUGUUUCUUGAGGAGGGAUUUCUUCAAGUCGACCGUGACAGGAUCGAAAUGGCCAGCCGUCAGCACGAGGGUUUCAGCACCUUCAACUUUCCAGAUCUGUUUGACCUUUUGGCCAGCAAGCUGUGUCUUCAUGAGAAGGACCCAUCGCUGAGCGUGGAGGAGUUCGUCAGUGCAGUGACCGACAUCUACGUGUUCCAAUUGCCCGUGGCCACAGUGGAGAUGAAGGCGCAAUUGCGCCGACUCACCCGGUGGGUCGCCCCAAGCGUGAACCGAGUGGAGGCCGAUUUGGGGAGCAUGCAAGACCAGCUUCAGCACUCACAACGUGAUAUCCAGUAUCUCAAGAAAACGAUGGAAAACAUGGACAAGAAGCUCGACCGCCUCUUGAGUCAUUUUCCCGUAGAUGAUGUGACAAUGUCGUUUUGA